AUGGAUCGUACUAUGUACGAAGAGCAGAUGUCAAAUGAACAGACGUCACUUCCGUAUGCAAUCAAUCUCAAGCAAUCUUUCUUAUUAGACUUUAACAACGUGAGAUCCCGGCAAGCCCCAGUCGACAUGGGAAUCAUAAAGUUGGGUUCUCCAGAUCUGGAAAGAUUGCUUGUUCAGCAAGAUGGGUCUGUUGUGACAGCCUUAACUCCGACAACACAGAUUUUGUUUCCUAAAUCUGUCACUGAAGAGCAGGAAGCUUAUGCAAGGGGCUUCAUCGAUGCCUUAGAUGAACUACACAGAAGUCAGGGCAAGCCGUUGAACAACAGUAGUAUGGUAACAUUGGACACUGACAUCAACACCAGCUCUCGAAACGUUCUACUACUAAACCAUUGCAACUGUGAAAAUGAAUUCACAACAUUGAUGUCGGCCAAGACAUUUAGUCCGGGUAUGGAUGGCGACCACAACAGUGUCAUCAGUUACAAUUCCAGAUUGUUGAAUGGUGUUAGUGAACAACAGUUGAACAACAUCGGCAACAACAACAGCAAAUCGCCUACCAGCUCACUACCACCUGCUCAGACUCUUCUCAAUCGAAUUUCAACAAUUCAACAAAAGCAACAGAAAAAUCUACUUCAGCAACAAACUUCUCUCAAUUUAACAGUGACAACAAUAACUCCAUCAGCUCAAAACAACAACAUUGCUAUCAACAGUAACAGCAGCAACAAUAUAAACACCAACCCUAACAAGGUCGUCACAUCUAAUGUAACUGCUAACAACAAUUCUAAUGUGAGCAGUAGUCAGAGUUUCAUCAAAACAUCGUUCUCAUCACAACUUCGGCCACCAUCAUCAUCUUCCUCGACAUCCUUGCUAUCUACUGCUGCCACACCCAAUCUGAACAGCAACAACACCAGCAACCAGCUGAACUUAAUUGACAAAGAUCUCAUAAGCAUCAACCUCAAGAAUCUUUUCAACAAUGCCUCCAACCUGUUCAACAUAAACAACAACAUCCUUCACAACAACAACAGCAGCUUGCUAUUAUCAGAAGAAACAUUACAAACAGUUCCUCGAUUACUUUCUUCGUCACCACUGCAAUCGACAAGUAGUGCAGCCAGUUUGAGUGGGGACAGCCCAUCACCUGCCUCCCUCUCGAACUGCGAUGAAUCAGAGAGACUUGAGAUGAAACGAGCUCGAAACAGGUUGGCAGCACAAAAGUGUCGAACCAGAAAAUUGGAAAGAAUUGCUGUCCUGAGCGCCAGAGUUGACGAAUUGAAGGAACAGAAUGCCAAGCUGGAGAGAUUAAAACUGGAUGCAGCAAGGAGGGUGGAGGAAUUGAAAGAAGCCCUGAUGAGACAUGCAGAGUGUGGAGCUACCAGGAACGAUGACGAAGAAGAAGUAAUAACAUACAGAGACAUUGAGGAUCACAACGGUGAAGAAGUGUGUGGCGAGGAUCAUGAGAUGAUGAUUCCUGUCGACUUGAAGAUGUGA